CAACGCUCACCAACACUAACCUAAAAACGAAACCACGCAAGGGGUGCCACUUUUCUUGGUUCGUAACAAUACCGCACAACAAUCGUUUGUCACUGACUCAUCGUUAUGGAGCCUCCGUCUAUUCCAUCCGCCCAUAAAGUCGGCGGCAUGCCGCUGCAACAACGAGCUGAAAGAGUUGCUAGGAUUAGAAAAAAUAAAGAUUCGAAGCGGGCCCCAGCAUCAGGUGUGGCGAGAGCCUCCCCCAAGGCCAAUGAUCCUGAGGUAGCUCAAUGGUAUGCCCUCGGCGGUCGCACCAGGGUCGUUUUUGACCCCAAUGUCCCGACACCCGGCAGCAGCAUGAUCCAGACCGCCCAAGGCCCCCAGGAAAACCUGCCCAGGCCUUCCGGGCUCCCUAUGCCGCAAGUGCCCGAUCAAGCGUCCGAUGCGUCGUUAGACGACAGGGCCUCCCUUCUCGAAGCUCCUGGCCCAACCUGUCUACCACCAUGUGAUCCCGAGUACAGGAGAACAAAUGUCUACCACACCGCAUACCGCCUCGAACGGGAAAAUCAUGCACUGAAAGCCCAGCUUACUCAACAGGAAAUCCAGAUCGAUGGUCUUGUCCGGCAGUUAAGCGAAUCUCAAGAACUACAGAAGAAAGCGGAGCAGGAGAUCUCCAAUCUCAGAAAAAGUUCAGACAUUCAGACUAAACCGAUUGACGACUUCAUAUCGCAAAGCCUGGGACACAGACUCAGUGGAAACAUUACGGCGUUACAAGACGACGUCUCUCAGAAUGAUGACAAUGCCAAUGCUGCGCUCAAUGAAACGGAGAGAUUCUUAAAACGGCUAAGGAAGAAUCGCCUUCAAGUGGAGGAGAGGCGUUUGCAGGAGGAUCGAGAGGGAUCAUUUCUUUCAAGACUGUAUGACCCGCUGUGGGAGGAGAAUAACUACAUGCUGCCGCCCCGAAAUCAGCCCCAGCCGCAUCCCGCAGAGCUCGGGUCUAAGCGGACUCCAAUCGGGUCUAUUCCCGAGAGACAGGCUGACAAGCUCGGCGAGUGCGAGAGGAGACUUGCCGAGUUGAGUACAAAGCUUGAGUGGUGUGAAGCGAACCGCAAAAAGAUGCAACGGGAAUGGGAUGAGCGGCUCGCGAUGGAAAUGAAGUGGCGCGAUGACCUGUUGGCUAUCAUCAAGUAUAACGACAUGUCUCGUGUGGAGAGAGGCAGAGAAGACCCGGCAGCUCUUGUACCCAUCCAGCAGCGGGCCGAAGGAGCUCAGGGAGACUCGGCGGGGCCCCAGCAAGACGCGGUUUUCCCGGCUAUUACAACCACAUCGAGCGGCACCUUCGGAAUUUUCACUUCUUCUAUGCCACCGGUUCCAGGUGGUUUUGCUUCUAAUCCCCCAUACGUAUAGAAUGCGUGUGACGCCUUCAUACAAUGGUAAAUACUCAAAACCAAGCGUUUAAAUAAGGGCAUAUCUAUAGCAUUGGAGUACUCAGUCUGACCAGGCGGGCAUUGCGAACACUGGAGGGCGGGUUGGAAUAUACAGUAGGGAAACGAUACCUAGGUAGUCAGGCCCCGGAUGCUGGGCUUGGCGCGGCCGGCCGGCCGGCCGUACUCCGGGGCCGGGGGGGCGCAAAACGGCGACGAUGACUACGGCGACGAUAACUAAUCCAGCAAUUUGUUUGGCAUGUUCGAUGUACUUUGCAAAAAGGAGCCAAAAAUGGAAAAGACAUACAGCACCGGGUAUUCGCUGGUCGUCACCGACCCAACUACUAAUCCAGCGAUUAGUGGCUUGACUAUGGGAGAGCGGACGGGAUCCCGUAUUUUCCACUAUCUAUGGCCGUAUGUGCUCUAAACAAGGGAAUGGUAAACUAUAUAGGAAAUAACUUUUCUCUAGUCAGAGGGAGCUAUGUAGACCGCAAGGAUGAACCCAGC